GAAAUUAAUGCACACAGACAGAAAUCAAAUUCGCUAUUUGCCGCAAGUCGCCGCAGCCUUCCUUCCAGCCUCGCGCACGCCACUGUCUAGAUUCUAUCUGCGUACCACAAACGCCAUACCUCACUGUGGAGUUGCAAAGGGAGAAUCGAUGGCGGCGGUGAAUGGAAGCGGAGUGAGCUUGGCUUCACAGGCGUACAUGGAGGGGAAUGCUGUUAAGGAAACGAGGGCGUUGGUCGCUGAUCUCUGCCGCCAAUUCUACAGCCUCGGCUGGGUUUCCGGCACCGGGGGCAGCAUCACCAUCAAGGUCCACGAUGAUUGCAUCCCCAAACCGCAGCAGCUCAUCCUUAUGUCUCCCUCUGGUGUUCAGAAGGAGAGAAUGGAAGCAGAGGAUAUGUAUGUCAUGUCAGGAAAUGGUUCGAUAUUGUAUGCACCAUCACCGAAGCCUUACCCUCACAAGCCUCCCAAGUGUUCUGAUUGUGCUCCUUUAUUUAUGAAGGCAUAUGAGAUGCGUGAUGCUGGAGCCGUCAUUCACAGUCAUGGAAUGGAGUCUUGCCUGGUGACAAUGCUCAAUCCAUCGGCAAAAGAAUUCAAGAUUACUCACAUGGAGAUGAUAAAAGGGAUUAAGGGUCAUGGAUAUUAUGAUGAACUUGUUGUUCCAAUAAUAGAGAAUACAGCCUAUGAGAACGAGCUGACAGAAUCUCUUACGAAAGCUGUAAAUAUCUGUUAUUUGCAAUUCUCUUACUCCACUUUGCUCUUACCAAUAGAAGCAUACCCAAAGACAACUGCUGUGCUAGUUCGCAACCAUGGAAUAUAUGUAUGGGGGGACACAUGGAUUAGCGCCAAAACUCAGUCUGAAUGUUAUCAUUAUCUCUUCGACGCUGCAAUCAAACUUCAUCAAAUGGGCCUGGACUGGUCUACCCCAAGCCAUGGUCCGAUCCAGCAGGCCAGAGGAGCUAUAAGUGCGCCAGUGAAGGCAGGAUUGAAGGAUUCAAGUCACAAUAGUGAGACAUUUCCUGUAAGCUCUUUUGUGCAUGAUAGAGUUAGUUCAAGCAUCUAUUUUGAUAUGUGCUGCAUCCUCCUGGACAUUGAAGGGACUACCACGCCUAUAACGUUUGUUGCUGAUGUCCUUUUUCCGUAUGCCCGUGACAAUGUGGGAAAGCAUCUGUCAGCAACAUACGAGACUGAGGAUACUCAAGAGGAUAUAAAGUUGUUGCGAUCUCAGGUUGAAGAUGACUUGGCACAUGGCAUUGAUGGCGCUGUACCCAUUCCACCAGAUGGUGCUGGAAAGGAUGCAGUGAUUGCAGCACUGGUUGCUAACGUAGAGGCAAUGAUAAGAGCAGAUCGCAAGAUUACUGCCUUGAAACAAUUACAAGGGCACAUAUGGAGAACUGGCUUUCAGAACAAUGAAUUGAAAGGAGAGUUUUACAAUGAUGUACCUGAAGCAUUGCAGAGCUGGCAUGCCUUGGGCAUAAAGGUAUAUAUAUAUUCCAGCGGCAGCAGGUUGGCACAGAGACUUGUAUUCGGGAACACAAAGUCUGGAGAUUUGAGGAAAUAUUUGUCUGGGUUUUUCGACACUAAUAUUGGGAACAAGAGGGAGACAAGCAGCUACGUUCAGAUUUCUGAAUCGUUGGGAGUAGAUAGCCCGUCUGAAAUCUUGUUCUUGACGGACGUUGUUCAAGAAGCAGUAGCAGCUAAAGCAGCAGGUCUGAAGGUGAUGAUCUCUGUCCGGCCAGGGAAUGCACCUUUGCCUGAAAAUCAUGGGUUCAAGACCAUCAACUCUUUUCUGGAAAUAUGACACAUAUAUUCCAUUAUGUGCUGCUCUGCAUUGUAUGAUCUAGUGCCCUGUGUUGGCCUAGAACUGGCAUCAACCUGCUUUUGUUGUAUCACCUAAGUAAAACACUACCAGCCCCGGGUAACUAUUGUACAAACGAAAUCUUACGACUUUAAGGUCUGUUUCCAUGUGAGAUUGUUAAAAUAAAACUAGCUACAGAGUUUGACGAGACGAAGGUAGCUAAAUCCAUUUCCGUCCCAUCCUUAUCAUUUUCGGAGCACUCUCCCAUGC